AUGGCCGGGGCUGACUGGAUAGCGAGAUGCAGGAAGCAGGGGGAGGAGAUCAAGAAGAUCGGCACGAGGAGGUCUGGUCGUGGAGACGACCGUCGGAGAUGUGCGAUGGAGAGCCCUCGUUGUUCUCAGGGGAGGCUCAGGGACUGCUGGUAUCUUGGAGCGCUCUCCAUCAUGGCAGGGAGGAGGAGGGAGAGGCUGGAGGCUCUGGUGUGCUUCGGCUGGGUUGCUCGAGGGGUCCAUGCGGUACGGUUCUUUGUGGAAGGGAGGUGGGUGGUGGUGGUGGUAGACGAUCUGAUCCCGUGCGAUCGUUUCGGAAGGCCCAUCUUCGGGAGGUGCAGGAAGAUGGAGCACUGCUGGGUUCAAAUCUUCGAGAAGGCCUUCGCAAAACUCUGCGGGUCGUACGCUGACAUCGAGGGUGGGUCAGAGGAGGAGGCCCUGGUUUGCUUGACUGGGGGGAUGCCCAAGAUUGUUGACCUGCGAGAGAGGGAGGAGCUGCUGCUGGACGGGCAGAUGUGGGUCAAGCUAGUCAAGUACUCCGACAACGGGCACCUCAUGGGCUGUGCCAACCAUGUGGCCGCAACCAGCGGCAACAUCAUCCGGGAUCACGCUUACUCCAUCCUGUCAGUCUACUCAGUUCCGCACGUUCCAGGAGACGGGCUGCUGCUCCUUAGGAACCCUUGGGGCAAGCAUGAGUGGACAGGACGCUACUCCCGGGAGUCUCCGUCGUGGGAGGAUGUCGACGACAAUAUCCUGAGCAUGCUGGGGCUGACGCGCGAGGCGUUAAGACGGGAGGUAUUCGAGGAUGGCAGCUUCUUCAUGUGCUGGGAGGAUUUCUACUCCCACUUCGACAGGAUCUACGUGUGCAAGCUGCCCAAGUCAGGAUCUUCCCGCCUCACGCUGGAGGGGAGCUGGAGAGGGGAGAGAGCGGGGGGCUGUCUGAACCAUCCUACCUUCUCCGACAAUCCCCAGUACCAUCUCACGGUCCCGUUCCCUUCCACCAUCCUCGUUCAACUGUUCCAGAAGCAGGAUCAGAGCGAUCAGAGCUGGAGGCUGUCCACCAGCCCAGCUCGGCAUAUCGGCCUGUAUGUGGUGGUUGCCAACGACCUGCCCGAGGAGAGGGCGCUGUGCUACGUGAAAGAUGCUCCGGGGAUCAUGGUAGCGAAGACCAAGGUCUUCUUGAACGCAUGGCAGACUUCGGUCAAGUUCAGGACCGCUGGGUACGAAAAGUUUGUGAUAUUCCCCUGCACCUUCACGCCGGGGGUCGAGGGUCAGUUCGCGGUCUCCGUGCUGACCCUGGGGGCCUCUCGCCCCGUCGUGCUCAAGGAGCUGACGCUGCGCCAUGAGAAGGUAGCGGUGGAGGGAGAGUGGGGGCUGGAGAGCUGCGGGGGGUGUAUGAAUCAUGCUACAUGGCUGGAGAACCCAGCGGUGCUCUUGCACGUCAAGACCCCAGGGGGCAAGGCCUCCCUCUUCCUCCAGCUCAGCAUCCAGCUGCAGGCGUCGACAGGGAUGGGACUCUACGUCUUCGCCUAUGAAGGGGAGCCGUCCAUCGGCAGGAGGAACCUCGUCCGCUCGACUGAGCCCUUCAUGGUCGCCAGACAGGUCUCCCUGGAUGUGUCAGGCCUCGUUGGCUCCUUCCUCGUCCUGCCAUGCACCUUUGAGCCGAUGCAGCACAUGGGAGCUUUCACUCUCACGCUCUUCAAGGACCCGGAGAUCGAGGCUAGCAUGGAACUUCUCUCCUGCUCCUGCAGGCAGCUCUUCUCGCACGGGGAGCUAGGGAGGGUCUUCUCCAUCCCCGAUCGAUCGCUGCUGCUACAGGAGAUCCAUCGCCUCCUCCAGCUCCCUGCCCGCCUCUCUGCCUCCAGCCAGACACCGCGAGAGAGUCAUGGGCAUAGAGUGAGGGUAACAAAGGAGGACGAGGACGAGGACCUUGAGCUCGCUAUCGCCCUGUCGCUGAGUGAGAAGGAGGCAGGGAGCUCGUAG